AUGCGUGGAAGCACGGAUUUGACGCUCACACGCUUCGAUUGGCUGCAUACCUCUCUAACAAUCGCUUUGUCCGCACACAUUGCACUGUACUGCACGGACACCUUGAAUAAGAUCUGCCCCGAUCAGAUCGAGCUGAGACUGAGCAGGCAGGCUCGAUCAGAUCGCCCCGUGCAGAACAGCCUCGAUCAGAGCAGAGGUCAUGAGAUCAGGUCCUUGCAGACCCGGGACCGAUCGAUUCCAGGCCGAGACGGAGCAGGCUCGUUUAGAUCGGCCCGUGCAGGUCGGGCUCGAUUGGAUCCAAACCGUGCAGAUCGAGCUCGAUCGAAUCCAGGUUCGAGCAGAUCGGGCUCGAUCGGCUCCGGACCGAGACUGAUGGGGCAGGUUCUGAUGUCUCUGUGCAGAUCGGGCUCGAUCGGACCUGGCCUCAUGAGCCCAGGUACGAGUAGACCCGGCUCGAUGGAUGAGAGGCCGAGACCGACCCGGUACAUCCAGAUCAGGCUCGAUCGAAUCCAGUACGUCUGCAACAUGGCCAAGCUGGCCACUCGCUACCCUCGGGUCUACGAUCGACUUUUGGAGGAUGCAUCGAGGGCUGCCGACUUUGAGGCCCACGUGCAGCGGGCCGGCUUCCAGAUGGCCACGGUCAAGGACGCGGCGACCCAGCGACCAGCGGAGAUCAUUGCCCUCCGCUCCAAGGCGGCACUGGACGACCUGAUGGCCAAGUGUGCGCUGGACCUGCAGCAGGCAUAUCUGGCCUCACGUGAGUGGGGCGUCAGCACUGUCUUGACCAUGCGGGGUCGGGACAAGUUGCGUCGCUUGAGCGACACGACCUUUGCCAUUGCAGUCGUGUCCAUGAUGGGUUUUGGCCUCCAUGAACUCAUCAACGUCAAGCCGACGGACAAGUGCCCGCUCUGCAGCAGCAAGACACCUCAGCCGCGACUGACCCGCGAGCACCUGCUGACCUGCCGUAUCAAGCGUCACAACGCCCUUCGCGACGAGAUGGGCCGCCUGCUCAGGUACGCCACCCUCUCCCAUGUCUGGGUGGAAAAGUCUGGCUACAACGCCAACGGUCAGAGCUGCCGCAUCGACCUGCACUGCCGCAACCCCUUUCCCGGCGGUACCCUGGGCCCAGCUCUGCCCGACCUGGGCAUUGACGUGACUGUGCGCACAGCCCAACCCCCGACCACCUCGCAAGCCUGCAUCAAGGUGGGCGCUGCCCUUCGCCGAGCCGAAAAGGAGAAGCGCGACUACUAA